AUGGAAAACUCAAAUGCACGCCGCCAACAAAUUACAUCUUGUACUAAAUCACAGCCACCACCACAAAGUUCUCCACGCCUUGUACGUAGCAGGAGCGGAACGAAUACAAUUUCAACAACCGCAUUGAACACCAGCCAAAGAUUCAACAACAACAACCGCUCCAAAUCCACCAAAAAAACAAGACCAAAUUACAAAGACGAGGAUAAUAAAGCAAAUAUCAAUCCUAAUCCUUUACAGUCCAUCAAUUCCAACUUUCAAAAGAAGCCGGCUCAAGAAAGUAGAGAAGGUUUUGCAAGGUUCUUGCACCGCGGCAUAGCUAGUAGCCCAACUCCACGCGGAGGUGUCGGUGCAACAAAGACAUCAUUACUGGCUGGGUCUCCAUCUGCUUGGGCAUUGUCUCCAGGACGGUCUUUGGCAUCUCCGGUGGCGGUGGAAUCACCGGGGGUGGGAAGAGUUAAGGUUAAAUCGAGUAGUGGUGGGGUUGGUGGGGUUUUGAAGUAUUUCAGGGCGCAGAAAAAAGUGUCACCUAUUCAAGAAGAGGAGUUUCACCGUUUCAGGGUUUUGCAUAAUAAGCUUUUGCAGUGGAGGUUUGCCAAUGCUAGAGCUGACGCCGCCAUGGAAGCUACAAAGAUUGUUGCUGAGGAAAAAUUGCUGUACGUGUGGCUUAGAAUAUUUAUACUGAGAAACUCAAUCACAGAGAAGAGAAUACAGAUGCAAAAGCUCAAGCAUGAGAUCAAGCUGUAUCAAAUUUUGAACCCACAAGUAUUUCUUCUCAAUCAAUGGGCAAAAAUGGAGAAAAGAAAUCAAGAAGCUGUGGGAAAGCUGGUGAAAAAAUUGUCCGGAAUUUCAAUCAAACUACCCUUAGUUCAUGGCGCUAAGGCAGAUGUGAUGUCCAUUUACGAAGCCAUGAGCAUGGCCAUGGAUGUGAUGGAGGGCAUUGAAUUAAUCAUUAGUAAAUUCCACUCACAGGUUGAAAAUACACUUUAUAUGAUUACAGAGCUUGUAAUUGCCAAAAAACAAGAGAAAGAUUUCGGGGAGGAGUUGAAGAAUACAGUAAUCUAUGUAGCUUCACUUUUGGCAAAUGAGACAAGUGUAAGAGCACAUUGUAUCCAAGCAGUUAUGGAUUCGAUGAGGAGCCAAAAUAACUGA